AUGGCGACAAUGCAGCCAUCUGAUACGCACGCAAACUUCCACGACCAGAGUGUAGUGGUCUUAAAAACAAGUGAUGUUAACAGAAGAGGCAAUGAUGUGUUCAUGCCAAUUACAAUCAAAAUGGCUCAAAUAAAAAAGCCAGAAAGGGGGCAAUUCAAAAACGUAAAAGUUACCAUAGAGAUGACAGAAAGAGACGUAACAGAAAAGCUGUUGGAGGCAUUUCCAUAUCUUCGAAAUCAGAGGUAAUAUAAUCAUAAUAACACUCUUGAAUAUUAAAAAAUAAUGAUAUUUUCAAUGAUUGCAGUCUAUUGACCCUUUGUUAGUCAUCGGCAUGAUCAAUAUAUUUAUCUCCUGUCCUAGGUUUUACUGCGCAGCCGCAGUAGACAAUCGAACGAGAUUAGACUUUAAUGGUGAUCGCCGAAUUUGGAAUGGACGUUUACUAAAGAGGCUUCUAAAGGGAAACUCGGCUCUUUAUAUUUUUGUUGAUGAGGUAAGUAAU